AUGGAGGCGAUAGACCGGACGACCGGGGAGAGGGCGACGGACCGGGGGAGGGCGACGGACCGGGGGAGGGUCGACGGACCGGGGGAGGGCGACGGACCGGAGGACCGGGGGAGGGCGACGGACCGGGGGAGGGCGACGGACCGGGGGACCGGGGGAGGGCGACGGACCGGGGGAGGGUCGACGGACCGGGGGAGGGUCGACGGACCGGGGGAGGGUCGACGGACCGGGGGAGGGCGACGGACCGGGGGAGGGCGACGGACCGGAGGACCGGGGAAGGGCGACGGACCGGAGGACCGGGGGAGGGCGACGGACCGGGGGACCGGGGGAGGGCGACGGACCGGGGGAGGGCGACGGACCGGGGGACCGGGGGAGGGCGACGGACCGGAGGGGAGAUCGACGGGGCGACAGUACUAUGGAAUUGAAAAAGACGAUUUCUCUUUCUCCGGUGACUGA